UUAGCUAAACUUGCUGGAAUUUGGUAGCACAGCUAGACGCCUUUUUUUCUCUCUUGUAGUUGCAACAGAGAUAAAAAUUGUCGCUGGCUUUUUUGGAGGCAAAUCUUCUAAUAGGGAAGUUAGCGUUUUGUGGCCUUAAGGCGGCAGCAGAAGCUAACGUUAAAGAAACGUAUCUGUUCCGGUGUUGAGGGAGUGGCUGUCUCAUCCGCCUCAGUGUUUGUCCCUGUGGUCUGGAAGAAGAAACGAGCGCUGUGAAAAGAUGGCAGACUGUGUCUCUAAAAUUGAGCUGACAGUUUCCUGCUCUAACCUGCUGGAUAAAGAUGUUGGAUCAAAGUCCGACCCUCUUUGUGUACUGCUCCAAAAAUUGGGAGAGGACAAAUGGACAGAGCUGGGUCGCACUGAACGCCUGAAGAACACCUCCAGUCCAUCCUUCAGUCAGCGCCUCAGGGUGGAUUAUCACUUUGAGACGGUUCAGAACCUGAAAUUUGGCAUCUACGACAUUGAUAACUCCACCUCUGAUCUCGCCGAUGAUGAUUACCUUGGAGGGGUGGAGCUGACACUGGGACAGAUAGUUUCCAGCAAAACUGUGACCAGACCUCUGCAGCUGAAGAAAGACAAGCCAGCUGGGAAAGGAACCAUCACAGUCGAUGCAGAGGAGAUAAAAGACAACAGAGCCAUUGUGUUGGAGGUGGAAGCUAAAAAACUUGAUAAAAAGGAUACAUUUGGGAAGUCUGAUCCAUUCUUGGAGAUUUUUAAACAAGGAGAUGAUGGGAAAUGGCAGCUGGUUCACCGAACAGAGGUGGUGAAGAACAAUUUGAACCCCAGCUGGAAGACGUUCACCGUUCCACUGCAGACCUUCUGCUCCUGUGACCUCGAAAAGCCUUUGAAGGUGGAUUGUUCAGACCACGAUGGUGACGGCUCUCAUGAUCUGAUUGGUUCUUUCACAACAAAAGCUUCAGAGUUGCUGAAAGCUACUGGUGGCUCACCAGUGGAAUUUGACUGCAUACACCCAGAGAAAAAGAAGAAGAAAAGCUACAAGAAUUCUGGGGUUGUGUCAGUGAAGAGCUGUAAGCUUUUGACUCAGUACACCUUCCUGGACUAUGUGAUGGGCGGCUGCCAGAUCAACUUCACUGUUGGCAUCGACUUCACCGGUUCAAAUGGUGAUCCCCGCUCGCCCAACUCUCUCCACUACAUGAGUCCAGGUGGGCUGAACCAGUACCUGUCUGCUCUGUGGUCUGUGGGUCAGGUGGUCCAGGAUUACGACACGGAUAAACUCUUUCCAGCGUUUGGAUUUGGAGCCAAACUGCCUCCAGACUUUCAGGCGGCCAAUCAUGAGUUCGCCCUCAACUUCAACCCCAGUAACCCCUUUUGUCAAGGAAUUCAGGGGAUUGUGGAGGCUUACCGGACAACUUUGCCUCAAAUCAAACUUUCUGGACCCACAAACUUCUCUCCCAUCAUCAACCACGUUGCUUCUAUCGCCUCCGGUGCCGCUCAGGCUCCCACCACCUUGCAAUACUUUGUUCUCCUGAUCCUCACUGAUGGCGAGAUCACUGACUUGGACCAGACCAGGGAUGCCAUAGUCCGGGCAUCCCGGUUGCCCUUGUCGAUUAUUAUUGUGGGAGUGGGGCCAGCCGAUUUUAAGGCCAUGGAGCUUCUGGAUGGAGACAAUGGCGUUCUCAGGUCCACUGUGGGAGAGGCCAUAUCCAGAGACAUCGUUCAGUUUGUCCCAUUUAGAAAUUUUAAAGAUGCUCCCAUGGCAGCGCUGGCUCAGUCUGUCCUCGCUGAGGUCCCCAACCAGCUGGUUUCUUACUUCAAAAUGAGAGGCCUCGAACCACAGAAACAACAAGCUGCUCCCAAAUCCUAAACGCCGCCGUGGAUCAACCAUCCUUUCAAAAUCCCAAUCACACAUUCCACAAACCUAGACAUAAAACUCCAUUCCCAUCUCAUUCCAGAUCACAAUACCCUUGUAGGAUGCAACACACAAUCAACCAAGCAUCAAGAGUUAGCAUUAAAAGUCAACCAAUCACAAAGCUGUACUUUAAGCUGCAAGCGUAUUACAAUACUUUAUGCUAAAUCCCCUUUAAAGUAGUUUUGUGACUAUAUUCUUUACAUAUUUCUCUCUUUCCACUUAAAAAUAAUAAUAACAAAGAUUAUGAUUUUUGCUUCUUCCAUACUAACUAUGCAUGUUUUGUAUAAUCUGGGAAACCCUGAGCCACCUAGUUUUAUCACACUCUAGUGGACAUUUGUGGAAUUGCAUGAGUAGAUACCUCACCACUCCCAGUAUUUUCAUUCCCAAAUAUUGCCAAGAGCUUUUGCACUUCAGACAGCUCUAUGUGUUUGUUGUCUUUGAUUAGCUUUAUUGAUUAGGUGCCAACACUUUGCACUUUGCAUUUGCCUAAAAUGCUGGAAAACUAGAUCAGGAAUGAAAGAUGCUAUAGCUUUGCACCUGAAGCCUUACUCAAAACUUUAUUGUUGCCUUAUUUUAGAAUGCACGCUGCUUGUAGGACGUUUUUCAGCCGCUAUAGCCUAAUAGUGGCUUGUUGAAGCUGCCAUCUUUGCUCCUUGUGUAGCAUUCUUCACCUUGCUUGUUGCCAGACCAUUCAGAACCUUUCAGCUUGACUUGUCCAGCUGCAGUGUCUCAAGCGUGAUUGUCAUCUCAGUGUGUUUUUUUUAAUUUAAAUGGGGCCAAAACAUAUGGUCAGAUUUGUUACAUAUCUGAAAUACAGUGUAAAAAUUACAACUCACACCAUCACAAAUACAAAGAGGCUUUAAAUGGUUUACAAAUGUUGCUUUUGACUUUUAUUUUUUUCUGAAUGAAUUUCUUUUGUUUUUGUUGGUUUGCACUUUGACAAAGCUUCAAAGUGAUCCAGUGAUUUGGUCCAGGGCACUGUUGAAAAUUUUAGCAUAAAAGUCAGUUGGCAGAAAUGUAAUAUGGGCCUUAAUACUUUAUCAGUGCUUUAUGUAAUUUAAUUUAGAUCAAAUUGAAUAAUAUCUGAAUAAUGUUUUUUUUUUUUUUGAGAAAAUUCCUGAAAACCUUUACCCAAAUUCUGCUCAGACUGAGCAGUCAUGUUACCCAAGCCACACCUUGUCACAUUGCAUCACACAUAUAUAAAAGUCUAAAAGUCCAGUGUGUGUGUUUGUGGAGUUUUUUUACUUGCUAUGACUCUGAUUAUAUUGGAAUGACCUGAACAGACCUGAAUGUGUCAAACCACAUUUGUUGCCAUAAAACACAUUAUCAUUAAUGUACAGCGCUGCUAACAUUUCAGACAAUAAUCAUCUAAUUAGUGCUUGUGUCUUUUUUUUUUCCAAUGAUAGUCAAAGGGAAGGAUGUUCCUUUCUUAGAAUGUUGAAGGAAAGUCACAGAGGGGACCUGUUUCACUUUAAAUCACCCGUAACCACUUUAAAUCACCACUUAUUUUCACUUUCUUUACAUUUGUAAUACAAAGCUGUAUCUUGUUUGUUAUCCUUUGCUUUUUGAUUGUUUUUAAACUGUGCAGAAUAGCUGGGAACAGCUUAAACAAAGGUUACAUUUGCACAAAAUGUGUUUGCUGAAAGACUUUAGGAAGUUGCUAAAAGAGCUAAUAAUAGCUUGUUACACACACUGACAGAUCAUUGUCAGCUCUUUGGGCUGAGCUACAUCAUUUAAUUCUCAGCCAUCAUUUCUACAUUGUGCCUUUUAUUUUUACACAACAGUUUUAUCCGGGAGAAACUGGGAGGAUGAGUGCGGGGAGUUAUCUUUAUCUUUAGUAUUAACAUCUUCUGUAUCAGCAUCAUGUACCAAUUUAACCAAAGAAUCAUGUUUCCUGUUAAUUGAAGCUGUUUGGUUUAUUUCCUUGUCAGAGGUCUUGGAAAAACACAUGGUGUCUGGGAAAUGAAUCAUGGUUUUCUCAAACUAAACAGAAACUAAAUUUACUUUUUUUUAAAUAAAAUAACCUGAAGCUACUACAGAAUUAAAAUGUAUGUUUUAGCUCUAAGAUUAUGUUUCCCUGCCAUUUAAAGAAAUUCUAAUUGAGUGGACUACAAGUCCAAUUGUUUUUGUUUUCAUGUCAAAUUGCAGUUUAAAAUGAGUUCUGUUUAAGGGUUGUCUGUUGGAUCAUACAAGCUGCUCAUCUAUGUUUCCACUGGGAUCUUGUUGAUGAUGCCGAUGCUGGUUUCUCAUUAAGUAAAAUAAAUCUUGUUUAAUCAUUUAGAGCCUGUUAUUGUUUUUUUCCAAUUUGUUUUCAGUAUCAUUUGACCAAACACUCCCGUGUCAAACUGACCAACCAUUAUAAUUAAACCAGUGUACCAAAUAACAUGUCAGUUCAAAUGCUGCUGGUUAGAAUCAAUAAAUAAAACAACCUUGGUAAACAAAGA